AUGCAUACAUACAUGAUGAAAAUGGCAAGCAUAAAUGGAAGCAGUAGCUUCGGCCAUACAACUCGCCGAACCCCAAGAAAAAUGGACACAUUCCUCUUCCUUAUCAUUCUUCCAUUGCUCACCACUCUGCCAUGCUCAUAUGCUCAGUCGAUGCUAAGCACUGGCUCAUCCUUAUUUGUAGAAGAGCAUAGGCAGACCUUCCUUACCUCACCAAAUGAUGAUUUCUCUUGCGGCUUCUAUGAAGUUGGAGAGAAUGCAUUCUCCUUCUCUAUCUGGUUCACCACCACCAUGGAAAAGACUGUUGUAUGGUCUGCAAACCCCAGGUCCUUGGUGAAUGGCCAUGGUUCCAUGGUGUCCCUGAACCAUAAUGGAAACUUGGUCCUCACUGAUGUCAAUGGCACAGUCACUUGGGAGAGCAAGACAAGCUCUGGGGAGGGCACGGUGGUUUCCCUUCUUGACACUGGCAACCUCAUAAUCAAAGACUCCACUGGUGCAAAUUUGUGGGAAAGCUUCUCUUCACCGACAGAUACAUUGCUGCCUUUACAGACUCUCAAAAAAGGUACAAGGCUGGUCUCCAGUUAUUACAGCCUUUAUUUCGACAACGACAAUGUGCUACGCCUCAUGUAUGAUAGUCCAGAAAUAUCAAGUAUCUAUUGGCCAAGUGCAGACUACACAGUGCCUCAAAGUGGGCGGACUAGCUACAACAGCUCUAGGAUUGCAGUCCUCGACACUGAAGGAUUUUUCCUCUCAAGUGAUGGGCUGAAUGUCAAGGCUUCUGAUUGGGGUAAUGGCGUCAAGAGAAGGCUGACAAUUGGUUCUGAUGGAAACCUCAGAAUGUACAGUCUGAAUGUGUUAAAUGGGAGUUGGAUAAUAUCAUGGCAGGCUAUAGCAAAACUGUGCGAUGUGCAUGGGCUAUGUGGAAAAAAUGGGAUAUGUGAGUUCUUGCCAAGUUUCAGGUGUUCAUGUCCCCCAGGAUAUGAGAUGACCGAUCCGCAAAACUGGAACAAAGGUUGCAAGCCACAAUUCAGUAAAAGCUGCAGCAAAGCAGAAGAGUUUGACUUCAUCAAGCUCCCUCAAACCGACUUUUAUGGCUUUGAUCUGACCAAUAAUGUGUCCUCACUUGAAGAAUGUAAAAAGAUGUGCUUGAACAUUUGCUCCUGCUCAGCUCUCACGUACAAGGCGGGAUAUGGACUUUGCUACACCAAAGCUGUACUCUUCAAUGGUUACAGCUCCCCAAAUUUUCCUGGCGAUAACUAUAUCAAACUACCCAAGAAUAUGAGCAUCUCCAGACAAUCUCGUCUCACAUGCAAUCCGGAUAUUCCAGUGCAUGUACAAGGAUCUGCAAGUAUGUAUGGAAUGAAUGAUGUCACCAAGAGUUAUACAAUUUAUUAUGUGUUUGCAACAAUAUUGGGAGCCCUAGUCUUGCUCUUUAUCGGUACAAGCUGGUCGUUUCUUUACAGCAAGCAAAACAUACCUAAGUCAAUGGAAGAAGGCUAUAGGACUGUGAUGAGCCAGUUCAGGAUGUUCAUCUAUAGGGAAUUACGGGAAGCGACUGGAAAGUUCAAGGAAGAGAUUGGAAGAGGGGGUUCUGGAAUUGUUUAUAGAGGGGUACUUGAAGAUAAGAGAGUGGUGGCAGUGAAGAAACUAACCAGCGUUUCACAUAGCGAGGAGGAAUUCUGGGCAGAAAUGAAUAUAAUCGGAAGGAUCAACCAUAUGAAUUUAGUAAGGAUGUGGGGGUUUUGCUCCGAGGGACAACACAAACUGCUGGUGUACGAGUACGUGGAGAAUGAGUCCCUUGAUAAGUUUAUAUUUGGUAAUGUAAGUACUGAGAGAUUACUUGCAUGGAGCCAACGAUUCAAAAUAGCACUAGGAACAGCAAGAGGCUUGGCGUACCUCCAUCAUGAGUGCCUUGAGUGGGUGAUCCAUUGUGAUAUAAAGCCAGAGAACAUACUCCUGACCCGAGACUUCGAAGCAAAGAUAGCAGACUUCGGACUAGCCAAACUCUCAAAGAGAGACAGUUCCAGUUUCAAUCUCACCCACAUGAGAGGAACAAUGGGCUACAUGGCGCCAGAGUGGGCACUGAAUUUGUCGAUCGACGCAAAGGUUGAUGUAUACAGUUGUGGCGUUGUACUUCUCGAGAUUGUGACUGGAAAUAGGAUCUCAAGUGGGAUUACAGUGGAUGGGAAAGAGGUGGAGUUUAGACAGUUUGUGCAUGCAGUUAAAGAAUUGCUGGAGAGUGGAGAUGUCAAGGUUAUAGCUGAUGCUAGACUGAAUGGCCAUUUCAAUCCUGAGCAAGUGCCGGUAAUGGUGAAAUUGGCUUUAUCUUGUCUCGAAGAAAGAAACAGCAGACCUACAAUGAAUGAAAUUGUAAAAGCUCUACUGACAUGUGAUGACGAAGACAAUCACCCAGCCUACUCAUGGUGA